AUGUAUUCACAGUGGCUCGACCUGAAAGUGCAUGCAUUGCGAUCCAGUGGGCGUGUAUGCCAUUCGGAUGAAGAUUUCGAGGUGCUGUUCUCCGCUACGUCUUGUGACUUAAUGAAAAAGCUGGCCCUACAGAGCUCUUCCAAUGAAAUCCUGCACUUUGCAGUGAAUAUUGACCGAUGCCGCGUCAGCAAGCUCCCCAUCCGACUGGACAGAGUCCCACGAUCAGACGUUACUCAAGCCAUUGCAGAUGUAGUGCAGGAGCGUCAAAGGAAUGCAGAUAUAGUGGUCCUACAUGACGUCAAUUACGAAAACCAUGCAACAGUCAAAUCAUUGCUUUCAGAAUUAACCAGAAGAAGAAUUCGUUAUUCAUACCUGCUUUUUGAACGAAACGUAUGGAAAAUAAGCCGUCGAAUGGACAUGGUUAGGCGUGGACAAGAUGCGUUAACUGUCAUCGCCCUUGCAGAUUAUUCAGAACUAAAACUUCUUUUAGACAAGAUGUACGAGCAACAUUUAUUGGACUCCAAUAUUUACUUUUUAAUUGUCAAUGAUGGAUGGGAAGCUGUCAAUCCAGAGAUCGAUGAACCUCAAAGAGUUCAGUAUGCACUUGAUUUGCAGAUGCUGUUGCUCAAAAGACAAGUGAGCCAAUCCUUUUCUUCCAUUUUGCUCGGCGUGGUACAGAAUGACUCAGACACCGAUGACGAUAAGCGUUGGAAAUGGAAGGUACCAUACCUAAGCCGAGAGGAAGUGUACGUGUCUGCAGCCGUGUGGAGCGUUGUUGAAUCUUCCAAUAUUAUCUGGUCCCAUAAAAAGCAGUCAGAGGCAGGGAAAUGUUCCAGUUUCAAUGAGUCUAAUCUCAUGGAAGAGAACUCAUUUCGUAAUUUGGUACUGAAAUUCAUGAUGGACAUAGGUGUGUUGGCGGAUACGCUGCAAUAUGACUUGCUUCGCAACAUUCCUGUGGAUUCCAAAAGAGAGAUCUUCCGGACCAUAGCCCAGUGGAGAGCCAGUGCCAAUCCUAGAUUUAAGUAUCUCGGCGAAACAAUUGAAGCAAGACUUUUAUUUGAGAAUAGGAUUUUCAAACUGGCCAUUCCUUAUGCCCCACCUUACACAUUUCCAUCUGAAAGACAAAGAGAUGACAGCGAACAAGGAGCCGUCGUAAAAUUAUUCGAAUUUCUUAUGAAGAAAUUGAAAUUCAGGUAUCAAGUUCUUUCACCAGAUGACAAUGAAUGGGGAGUACUGAUGGACAACGGAGAAUGGAGCGGAGCUGUUGGCAUGUUACUAGAUAGAAGUGCGGAUUUGAUACCCUUUCUGGGCAUAACUAAAGGCCGAAAUAAGGUGUUGGAUUUCUCAGAUCCAGUCAUGACAACAAGUUCAGCUAUCCUUGUUCAGAAACCAAGAGAACCACCAAGAAAUUUGAUAUUCCUCAGACCAUUUCGAAAUCAUGUGAGUUAUUUCGUAUGGUUUCUGAUAAUAAUCAUGGUACCUUUGAUGGCUGUUGUACUGUAUUAUGUAAAUAAAAAAAGUUCGCGUUAUGCCAACAUCAGAAGCAAAAAAAUGAAAGGAGGCUUGUUCAAGUUUGAAAACUGCUUUUGGUACAUGUAUGGAGCAAUUCUACAGCAAGGCGUAUGCCAUUCGGAUGAGGAUUUCGAGGUACUUUUUUCCGCUACCUCUUGUGACUUGAUGAAAAAGCUGGCCCUCCAAAGCUCUUCCAAUGGAAUCCUGCACUUUGCAGUGAAUAUUGACCGCUGCCGCGUCAGCAAGCUCCCCAUCCGGCUGGACAGAGUCCCGCGAUCAGACGUUACUCAAGCCAUUGCAGAUGUAGUGCAGGAACGUCAAAGGAAUGCAGAUAUAGUGGUCCUACAUGACGUCAAUUACGAAAACCAUGCAACAGUCAAAUCAUUGCUUUCAGAAUUAACCAGAAGAAGAAUUCGUUAUUCAUACCUGCUUUUUGAACGAAACGUAUGGAAAAUAAGCCGUCGAAUGGACAUGGUUAGGCGUGGACAAGAUGCGUUAACUGUCAUCGCCCUUGCAGAUUAUUCGGAACUGAAACUUCUUUUAGACAAGAUGUACGAGCAACAUUUAUUGGACUCCAACAUUUACUUUUUAAUUGUCAAUGACGGAUGGGAAGCUGUCAAUCCAGAGAUCGAUGAACCUCAAAGAGUUCAGUAUGCACUCGAUUUGCAAAUGCUGUUGCUCAAACGGCAAGUGAGCCAAACUUUUUCUUCCAUUUUGCUUGGCGUGGUGCGGAAUGACUCAGACACCGAUGAAGAUAAGCUUUGGAAAUGGAAGGUACCAUACCUAGGCCGAGAGGAAGUGUACGUGUCUGCAGCCGUGUGGAGCGUUGUUGAAUCUUCCAAUAUUAUCUGGUCCCAUAAAAAGCAGUCAGAGGCAGGGAAAUGUUCCAGUUUCAAUGAGUCUAAUCUCAUGGAAGAGAACUCAUUUCGUAAUUUGGUACUGAAAUUCAUGAUGGACAUAGGUGUGUUGGCGGAUACGCUGCAAUAUGACUUGCUUCGCAACAUUCCUGUAGAUUCCGAAAGAGAGAUCUUCCGGACCAUAGCCCAGUGGAGAGCCAGUGCCAAUCCUAGAUUUAAGUAUCUCAGCGAAACAAUUGAAGCAAGACUUUUGUUCGAGAAUAGGAUUUUCAAACUGGCCAUUCCUUAUGCCCCACCAUACACAUUUCCAUCUGAAAGACAAAAAGAUGACAGCGAACAAGGAGCCGUCGUAAAAUUAUUCGAAUUUCUUAUGAAGAAAUUGAAAUUCAGGUAUCAAGUUCUUUUACCAGAUGACAAUGAAUGGGGAGUAUUGAUGGACAACGGAGAAUGGAGCGGAGCUGUUGGAAUGCUACUAGAUAGAAGUGCAGAUUUGAUACCCUUUCUGGGCAUAACUAAAGGCCGAAAUAAGGUGUUGGAUUUCUCAGAUCCAGUCAUGACAACAAGUUCAGCUAUCCUUGUUCAGAAACCAAGAGAACCACCAAGAAAUUUGAUAUUUCUCAGACCUUUUCGAAAUCAUGUAAGUUAUUUCGUAUGGUUUCUGAUAAUAAUCAUGGUACCUUUGAUGGCUGUUGUACUGUAUUAUGUAAAUAAAAAAAGUUCGUGUUAUGCCAACAUCAGAAGCAAAAAAAUGAAAGGAGGCUUGUUCAAGUUUGAAAACUGCUUUUGGUACAUGUAUGGAGCAAUUCUACAGCAAGGAGGUGUUCACUUACCUGAAACCGUCAGUGCUCGCUUUGUUGUAUGUUUUUGGUGGCUUUUCGUAAUGGUUACUAUGGCAACAUAUAGUGGCAAUCUCAUAGCCUUCCUGACUUUCCCUGAAGCAGAUUGGAUAGUUACAUCAGUGUAUGAUUUAGCUCGGACAGAUUCUAUUUUAAUUGUUGUACAAGAAGGCGAAAGCAUAUAUCAAGGAAUAAUGGAUUCCUCUACGGAAACACUCCAACUCUUGAAGCAGAGAAUUGAAGAAAAUCGAAACAUAGUCGUUGUCAACGACACUACAUCCAUUUUGCAUAAAGUUGAGAAAGGGACUGCAGCUUUUCUAAAUGACUUCUUCACUCUGUCGGAAAUAAUAAAAACUGCUUACAGCGACUCUGGAAAAUGUAGGUUGGCACUGGCUCCAAACACAUUUUUAGAGAGCUCUUUGGCAGUAGCGGCAAGAAAAGGAAGUCCUUACAUAAAAGAAAUCAAUGCAUUUAUUCGACAUCUGUGGCAUGGCGGACUUAUGCAGCAUUGGACCGAACGUUAUUCUAAACUAAAGUCGCACGAAUGUUACUUCAUUACUACGUCUCUAAGGGGCGGCAGAAAAGACGUAACUCUUAAAGACCUUCUAGGAGCCUUUCUGAUGCUGUUGUGCGGGCUCUGCAUUUCUAGUAUCAUCAUCAUGACGGAGCUAGGCUCGACAAUAGCAAAACGACUAAGAGUCCGUUUUAAUAAACCCUCUGUGAAAAAGUCUGAGGUUGUGUAUAUUGACAGGAUUAUUCUCAGUAUUAAAAAGUACCACUGA